GACGUGGUCCAGGAGUCUGACCCAAGGAUUUGCGACUGGGAGAGGAAAUCUGUGUCCUGGACAAGAUUGGAUUAUGGAAGUGGGAAGUGAAGAAGAAAAAUGGGAGAAGCUGGAUGCAGAAUUUGAUCACUUUGUGGUUGAUAUGAAGCCCUUUGUUCUAAAAUUACCUCAUAGGACAGAACGGCAGAGGUGUGCUCUUUGGAUUAGAAAGCUGUGCGAACCUUCAGGAACAGGUGCAGGAAUAAUGGGGAGGAAGAAUCGGAACCUGUAUGCAAAAUUGUUAUUGCAUAUGCUUAAACGAGGUGUGCUUGAAGGCCCUUUUACACACCGAUCUGAACUGGGGACACUAAAAAUUCUACCUUCAUACAUGAAUCAGUCCAUCUAUUUUGAUGAACCAAAUCCAGCACGAGCAAAAGGUUCAAGCCCAGAGGGAUUACCAGCCUGGGUACUGGGUGAGCUGGAGACAAGUGAACACAACUUAAACGAAUCGUGGAAACUCUCUUCUGGAGAAGAUGACACUUUGGUACUGUCGCCAACUAGUCUCCAGCUCUUAGACGAAGAAGAUGUCUCUUCCCGUUCUUGGCAGCCCGAAAACAAUGGCAUGCAGCCUUUCCUGCUCCUCCUGCCGCCUCUCCUGUACCAACAGCUUCUCCACCCAAGCCUGGGGAGUCCUGCAUUACAGAAAGCAGCUGCUGGAUCUGCUGUGCAAUGGGGUUGUCAUGGGGAGAACCCUCCCUCUCCUCUCCUGGUGCAGGCUCCACGCUAUCAGUGAGGCUCACCUCACAAAGAUCUUCAGGGAGAGGGAGGGGGGUGGGAAUCUGAGCACAGUGCAA